AUGUCUUCUCCUGCCGCGUCCUCCUCCACCUCGCACCUCACCUUCUUCGGUGUAUUUGGUCGCCCGGCGGCCCCUACCCAUGACAUUGACGUCGAGGCACAGCUCCCGCCUCCUCGUCCUGCGCGCACCAACACACCCCGCACGAUCCGCGUCUCCGUUCAUGAGGAGACAGCGACGAAUGCGAUCGACGACUUCUUCGGCGCGUCGCGCAGCUCGAACACGAGCCCCACUGGCACACGGGACAGCCGGCACGACGAGUCGCGGCUGUCUGUGUCUUUGGAGGAUAUGCCCCCGCCAUACGAACGCUCGAUGGAGCCUCCUAUGUACACGGCGGUCUCUGACCAGCCUACGCUCGCGAUGUAUCUCUUCAAGUUCGGCUUCCUGUUCCCUCUGUUCUGGGUUGCAGGUGCUCUGAUCCUGCUGUCGCCACUGUCUGCGCCUCCCGACUGGGAGUUGACCAAGUCUACGAUUGAGCGGGAGGAGCUGAUUUUGUCGAUGCGUCGGACGGAGGUGAAGUGGGCUCGGCGAUGUGUCGUUGCGCUGUCCGUGUUCGUUGUUGUCGCCCUCGCACUCGUCCUCGGCGUUGUGUUCGGCAUGCGCUCAUGAGCCAUUUCCCUCACCGAAAAUGCCCGGGGCCUGGAGCCCGUCAACCGCUGUCCUUAUCGUUAUUACUUAUCCUUAUGACCUGUAUCAAUACUGCUAUCCAAAUG